AUGUCGGACUACUACGCAGCCAGCUCCUCUUCCUUGGGAUACACACACUUCAAAAGGUCGCCAAGUAUCAGAAGUGAGGAAGCUCUGGACUUGCGUGGACCCCUAGAGGUUACCGGAAAUGUCGAAUCCGAACGUGGUAUCAAUUUAGAAGGAGAGAUCAUCGUCACCGGCAGCCUCGAUGCAUAUGGACCGCUUACCAUGAAUGGUAGCAUCAGUUGCGAGGGCGAGAUCAAAGCUUACGGCAAUAUCUUGGUCAAUGGUGUCUUGGUGGCGAGUGACAAAAUUAAAGGCUAUGGCUCAUUAAAGGUUUCUGGGACGCUGGAGGGCCAAGAUCUAGAAAUCUAUGGAAACCUCUCCAUAAUUGGAUAUCUGAAAUGCAAGAACCUUAUUGUGUAUGGGUCAUUGUCUUUGAUUGGGCCGACAUCGACAUACAUUGUUGAAGAAUCAGAAGAGGUGACAGGCCCGAAAGUGUGUGAAGACAACAUAACGUGUAAGACCAAGGGAAUGGGAUGGGACCCCAGCACAUGGCACGCUGGGAACGGUGGAUGGCGGGAGUUAUUAUGGGAUAAAAACAAGAAUAGCUACCGUGAGGCUGAACCACUUCGGCCACCGGUGCCGGGCAUCCCGAAGCCAGCAGGCCCCGACAUGUAA